CGUUAUAGUACACAACUCAAAGACCGAAUUAGAUCGUCAGUGGCGGAACGCGAUGUGUUGCCUGAAAAAACUGCGAUGCUGCCUAAAAGAACCCCGCGUUGAAAUGAGAGCAUUAUUAGUCAAAUGUACAGACUGCAGCCCCAACGAGAGUCAUCAACUGUACGAUUUCGAUAAAAAGGAAAUGAUCACAGACUGUCGGAAAAAGUUGGUGUUAACACUAAAACUUCAAACACCAAGUGGGGGCCUUUCCAAUUCCGAGUACGUCGUCGUCGAUCACGUCUACGACCCCAUCAGUCGUAGAAAAGCGCGUUUGCUGACCCCGUACGUGGUCAAAUUAAAACAGGAAGUAAUCAACGAAGUUUAUCCUCUGCAGUUCUUGCACGUUGUCAACGGUCUCGCCCAUGAAGACGUUCACAACAAACAUGCCCCUAAUUUUACCGGUUGUGACGUGACCUCCCGAUCGCCGACUUGUAGCAAAGUUAGAUACCGAGGGACCGAUGUUGCGUACAGUGAGGGAUUUUGUUGUUCGUGUAACGCGUUGACGAAUUCACAACGACAACCAACACCCAGCGAGUACGUCGCGAAUUUUGUGAAAUACGGCGAUCCUGAAUUCAUGCUGGAUGGCUUGGAGUGUCCCAGACAUUUAAGAGCGAGAGACACUAGAAAUUAUGACCAAAGUCCUGAGGCCAAGAUGGAGAAACUGGUCUACUUUAGUCCUAGCUACGAGGCGGUUGACAAAAGGCAAAUUCAUUCGAGUGGCGACCAAGCGAGAGGAGGUCAAAAUUGUGUGGAUAGAUACACUCCACCAAUGCUUAAUCCGGAGGGAUACCACGAAAGUGCGCAUUGUCUCAAAUUUUCCGACGUUUGGUACACGGUUUACCGCCUGGGAAAACCGAAAAUGGAACAUUCUGUUCUGGUGCAGAUUUUUGAGAGGGCCGACGAUUUAAACGGGGAUGUAAUUUGGAAAGACCUCACUGAAGGAAAGGCGAUUAGAGUUGGGACCGACAGCUGUCACUAUGUAGACGAAAAACGAACUCUGUCAAUUAGAUAUAGCUCAAGAGUGAAAGAGACGGAUCCCGCUACGUUUGCAAUUAAUUACAAGGAGGCACUAUUGCUGAUCCCGGAAAGUGGGCACGCCGGCGCCUACUCGCACCAUCCAGAGGUAAGAAAUGGGCCAUCCGAAUACCUAAUAGUUCACAAAGACCAAGUAUCGGCCAAAGGUGAUCGAUGUAACGUUGCAGGCGUAGGAUUUGAGGCAUUCGCCAGGCAACCCAACCGUUGCUCCGUUCCGAAGGGAACGUGCUUGUCCAACCAGCCCUUCCACUUGUGGGAACAUGAUCACAAAGCCGAAAAAUUGGGCAAGAAAGGGUGCUUCUUUCUAAAAAACUACGGAAAUUUCCCCGAGAAUCCCAUCCAAACAAACCCGAAAUCCGGAGACAAGAUUUUGACUAUGAACCAUGCCGAAAGUCAAUUCGUAAUGAUCGACAUCGAAGUGAGGGCAGAUUUUAACACGCUUCUUCGACCGGAAGGUGGCGCCAAAAUUACGGAAGUUUACAUAGACAGCACCCGCCCUUUUAAAACAAUAAUCACUGUGAAAGUAACAAACUCCGGAUUAGUCUCAAAUUUGUUCAGUGUUCGAUUGUGUAAUUGUCCACUGGAACUACCGGCUAGUUUCAAUGACAUUGAAGCCCGAAGGGCUUUGAUUCCCCCCCAAACUCAGCACAUUUUCAAUUUGGAAAUCAAAUGUGAGCUUCCGCUGAAGAGAUUCCAAUGCUCAGUCGUUGCGUUAAAUGUAAAUAGAGAAGUGUCCGCGACAAGAACAAUUCUAAUUCAUAAGUUCGAUCGUUGUUUCUGUACUUGGCACUGCAGGUGCGCCUGCGUAGACUCGUCGCGUGGAUUAAAAUGCAAGCCCAUGACCCUAAAACAGUACCACGCCGCUGGCUUUUUAGGGUCACUACCGCUCAUCACAGUUCAGAACGUCUCCUUCAGCGACCGCGCAACUAUCGUCAUCCAUUUAACCGUAUCGAUAAUAAUGCUGUUACUUUUACUGGGUGCCGUGAAAGGACUAAUAGGACUUCUUUGCAGUGCUCCCUUAGGAAUAUGGGGUUUGGAGAAUGUUAUGGAUUUGCCCAAACCGAUCAAGCACUACUUCGAAGCGGAUCUCUGCUCAAAAACCGUAAUCUAUGACAGUGAAGGUUGGCCCGUUCAUCCAGAGACGCUAAAACGAGUUAGGUGUAUGCCUAAGUCGACCGAAAUGAUCCUCAACGUAUUGUUUUUCUUCAUUUAUCCCACAAAUAUUUGCAUUUCACUCGUGAAGCGACCCCAAACGCCCAAAAGGACAUGCAGAUGUAAACUCAAGGGGAAGUACGAUAAUUGCCUAACGGAAAGCAAACAUUUCGUUCGGCGCUCGAAGGUCCUGACAUGUUCACCUGAUGGUAAACUGAAGGCAUCUGAAAAGUAA